GCGGGCGGAAGUGGCGCGUGCGGUGCUUCCGGUGCGCGCGGGCCGGUGCCGCGGAGCGGCCGCGGGGGCGGUUGGGGCUCCGGACGCGGCGCGGUCGGUGCCGGUUGGUCCCGGUUGGUCCCGGCUGGGCCCCGCCGGUGCCGGCUGGGCCAUGCGCUGCUUCCUGCAGGGCGCGGCGGGGCCGGUGCCGCUGCCCGACGGGGUCCCGGUGCUGCUGGGCCGCGGGCCCCUCACCGGCGUCACCGACCGCAAGUGCUCCCGCAGCCAGGUGGAGAUCGUGGCCAACUAUGCGGAGCGCACGGCCUGCGUCACCCAGCGGGGGGUGAACCCCACCUCGGUGGGGGGGGCGGCGCUGGGCCGGGGGGGCUCGGCCACGCUGCGCCCCGGGGAGCCCCUCUGGCUGGUCAACGGGUGCCACCGGCACGAGCUGCGCUUCGAGGGGCCCCCCCGGGCCCCCCCCGCGGCCCCCCCGCCCCCCAAGCGGCCCCGCCCCGACUCCCCGGACCCCCCGGACCCCCCCGGCGGCGGCCCCGGCCCCCCCUCGCCCCCCCUCUGGCAGCAGCACGGCUCCCUGCUCGUCUUCACCGCCCCCGGCGUCCGGCCCCGCGCCCAGAUCGCGGGGUUCGACCUGGACGGGACCCUCAUCGGCACCAAGUCGGGCAAGGUCUUCCCCACCGGCCCCGACGACUGGCGGAUUUUGUACCCCGAAAUCCCUAAGAAGCUGAAGCAGCUGCACAACGACGGGUACAAGAUCGUCGUCUUCAGCAACCAGCUGGGCAUCGCCCGGGGCCGCCUGCGCCCCGACGCCUUCAAGGCCAAGGUGGAGGCCGUGGGGCAGCGCCUGGGGGUGCCCCUGCAGGUGCUGGUGGCAACGGGGCCGGGCAUCUACCGCAAACCCGUGCUGGGCAUGUGGGAGCACCUGUGCGAGCAGGCCAACGAGGGUCUGGCCGUGGCCGUGGAGAAGAGCUUCUACGUGGGGGACGCUGCCGGGCGCCCCCCCGACUGGGCCCCCGGGCGCAAGAAGAAGGAUUUCUCCUGCGGCGACCGCCUGUUUGCGCUGAACGCGGGGCUGCGCUUCCACACGCCGGAGGAGUUCUUCCUGGGCUGGGCGCCCGCCCGCUUCGCCCUGCCCGCCUUCGACCCCCGGCAGCUGGACCCGGAGGCGCCGCUCUGGGACCCCCCCGACGCCGCCCUGGUGGCCCCCGGCCCCGAGGUGGUGGUGGCCGUCGGCUUCCCCGGAGCCGGCAAGACGACCUUCCUGCAGAGGCACCUGGUCCCGGCGGGCUACACCUACGUCAACCGGGACACGCUGGGCUCGUGGCAGCGGUGCGUGGCCGCCUGCGAGGCCGCCCUGGCCCAGGGCCGCAGCGUCGCCGUCGACAACACCAACCCCGACCCCGAGUCGCGGCAGCGCUACGUGGCCUGCGCCCGGGCGGCCGGCGUUCCCUGCCGCUGCUUCCUCUUCACCGCCUCCCUGGAGCAGGCCCAGCACAACAACCGCGUGAGCCCCACGGCUGCCCCACGGCGACCCCCCCCGCGCCCCACGGCGCCCCACAGCCCCCCCCGCGCCCCACG